GUCCAGAAGCAGAGCAUUGUGUCUCCACCCCCACCCCACCAGCCUUCGUCCUAGCAUAUCUCGUUAUCUCCACCCACAGCAUCCAUUUCCCCCUCUGUGGCCCAAUUUCCCCUUGUACCCAACAUGGCAUCUUCCCUGGAAGCCUACGUCCCAGGUGAUUUAGGAUAACGUCAGAAGGUCAAUUUACUGAAGUGGAUCUAUCUGUCCGCUUUCAUAUUAUUACUGUACUGGUAUACAGGAAAAUGGCCACCGCCCUCCUAAACUAAGGACAUAUAAGAAAGGUUACUAUCUAUGUGAAGCAUAUCGUAGCUGCAGAUCACCAGAGGAGAGAACCUUGCAAUUGACAACUUGUGGCCGCCAUUUACGUAGUCGCAAAUAAUGCAGUAUCAUUAUGUCCUUUGUUCGAGCAUCCCAGAAAAAAACAAAAACGGCGGCCAUUUUCUUGUGGUCCGUAUCAUCUAAUCCAGAUGUCAUUUAACCUGAGACUGGAAUCCCCAGACAGAGGACUCGGAGAGCGUUACUGGGGUUCUCUGGGAAGGAAGGCAGGAAUACAGAUAAUUGAGCUGUGAGGAACACAAGUCAUUACUGGAGGUCACAUGAGGAUGAGAUGCGUCACUGAUUCGCUGAGGAUGGACAAGGACAGAAGUCACAUGACUGAGAGGAUAGUAACUCUCACCCUGGAGAUCAUCCACCUGCUGACUGGAGAGGAUUACACAGUAGUGAAAAAGACAUCCGGUGAGUGUGUUGUACCCAGUAGUCAUCCCUGUGUGUCAGGAGGAUUGGGCAGGACCCAGAGCCCCAUCACGGUGCCUCCACCUCACUCACUGAUAUAUGAGAGAGACAAUGACCAGAAGAUCCUGGAACUCACCAACAAGAUCAUUCAGCUGCUGACUGGAGAGGUUACUAUAAGGUGUCAGGAUGUCACUGUCUAUCUCUCCAUGGAGGAGUGGAAGUAUUUUGAGGAACACAAGGAUCUGUACAAGGACGUCAUGGAGAAUCACCAACCACUCCCAUCACUGGAUGGGUCCAGUAACAGAGAUACCCCAGAGAGAUGUCCCCGUCCUCUUUAUUCACAGGACUGUACAGAGGAGAAUCAUAGGACCCUACAGGAGGAUCAGGGUGAAGAUCUGGCUGAUAAUAAGGUAGAAAUUAUAGAGGGAGAAGAAGAUACGUUUGUCAGUGACGAUCAGCAGUGUGAAGAGGAGGAAAUCCCUAUAGAGGGAGAAGAAGAGACGUAUGUCAGUGAUGAUCAGCAGUGUGAAGAGGAGGAAAUCCCUAUAGAGGGAGAAGAAGAGACGUAUGUGAGUGAUGAUCAGCAAUGUGAAAAGGAGGAAAUCCCUAUGGAGGGAGAAGAAGAGACGUAUGUGAGUGAUGAUCAGCAAUGUGAAAAGGAGGAAAUCCCUAUGGAGGGAGAAGAAGAGACGUAUGUGAGUGAUGAUCAGCAAUGUGAAAUGGAGGAAAUCCCUAUGGAGGGAGAAGAAGAGACAUAUGUGAGUGAUGAUCAGCAGUGUGAGGAGGAGGAAAUCCCUAUAGAGGGAAAAGAAGAGACGUAUGUGAGUGAUAACAAGCAGUGUGAGGAGGAAAUUCCUGAAGAUAUCAUUACAGAUGGACCCAGUAACAGAGAUGCCCCAGAGAGAUGUCCCCAUCCUCUUUAUUCCCAGGACUGUACAGGGGAGAAUCACAGGACCACAGAGGAGAAUCACAGGACUCCACAGGAGGAUCAGGGUGAAGAUCUGACUGAUACUAAGAUUGGAGCUAUAUGUGUGGAAAAAGAGACAUGUAUGAGGGGUGAUCAGCAGUGGAAGGAGGAGGAAAUCCCUACAGAUACCAGCACAGUAGAUGAGCAUACAAGCAGGAAUACCUCCGAGGGAGAUCUCAUUGUGUCUACAGACUAUAAAAAAGAAGAUAACAUCAUACAAGAUUCUCCAGGAGAAAAUCCCAGUGCAGAUAUUUCAUCUGGUCCUUCUAAUCAUGAGGAAUGUUCUUCUGAUAAUUCAGAUCUUGCUAAACCCAGUACAGCUCAUAGAUGUGAUACAAUAUCAUCCAUUUCUGAAUUUAGUAAAAGUUCUGUACAUAAGUCAGUUUUUGUUAGACGUCAGAGAGCUCAUAAACGUGAGAGACCAUUUCCAUGCUCUGAGUGUGGGAAAUGUUUUAUAUGUAAAUCCCAUCUUGUUAAACAUCUGAGAAGUCACACAGGUGCGAAUACAUAUCCAUGCUCUGAGUGUGGGAAAUGUUUUAUACAAAAUUCCCAUCUUGUUGUACAUCUGAGACAACACACGGGUGUGAAACCAUUUACAUGCUUUGAAUGUGGGAAAUGUUUUAUACAAAAAUCCCAUCUUGUUGAACAUGAGAGAGGACACACAGGUGAGAAACCAUUUCCAUGCUCUGAGUGUGGGAAACGUUUUGCACACAAAUCGCGUCUUCUUAGUCAUCAGAGACUUCACACAGGUGUGAAACCAUUUACAUGCUCUGAGUGUGGGAAAUGUUUUACAGAUAAAUCAAAUCUUCUUACACAUCAGAGAAGUCACACAGGUGAGAAACCAUUUUCAUGCGCUGAGUGUGGGAAAUGUUUUGGAGAAAAAACGCGUCUUCUUAGUCAUCAGAGAAGUCACACAGGGGAGUUACCAUUUACAUGCUCUGAGUGUGGGAAAUGUUUUACAGAAAAAUCACGACUUCUUAGUCAUCAGAGAAGUCACACAGGUGAGAAACCAUAUAUUUGCUCUGAGUGUGGGAAAUGUUUUACAGAAAAAUCGCAUCUUCACAGUCAUCGGAGAAGUCACACAGGUGAAAAUCCAUUGACAUGCACUGAGUGUGGGAAAUGUUUUACAAAAAAAUCACGUCUUGUAACUCAUCUGAGAAGUCACAUAGGUGAGAAACCAUUUACAUGCUCUGAGUGUGGGAAAUGUUUUACAGAAAAAUAUCGUCUUCUUAGUCAUCAGAGAAGUCACACAGGUGAGCAACCAUUUACAUGCUCCGAGUGUGGGAAAUGUUUUACUGAAAAAUCACGUCUUGUUAGACAUCUGAGAGGUCACAUAGGUGCGAGACCAUUUACAUGCUCUGAGUGUGGAAAAUGUUUUACUAAAAAAUCACGUUUUCUUAGUCAUCAGAAAAGUCACACAGAUGAGAAACCAUUUUCAUGUUCUGAGUGUGGGAAAUGUUUUGUAGUCAAAUCUCGUCUUCUUAGACACCAGAAAGUUCACACUAGGAAACAUACAAGUUCAGUGAGCUGAUCUACAUAAAACAGGGUUCCAUCAAUACUAAAUAUUGUGAAAGUGGUGUAUAGAUUAAGGUAAAUAACAAAAGCAAGCAUGAAUACAGUUGCAGAAUGUAUAUGCCAAGGUAUAUUGACGUCACUGAGUUAUUGAGGGCUGUUAAAAGCUCCAGAGCUAGAUUUACUUCUAUAAAAUACAGAACACAGUUGGUUUUGCAUUUCUAUUUAUUGCAGGUUGAAAUUUCAGGAUGAAAACUGCAGAGAAUCAGCUGCAUGCAAAAUAUAAUAAUGUGAUAAUGCUAUUACCAUCCACAGACAUACAUUUAAUGUGAAUAAUCAAAAUGAUUGGAACAGAUCGCACAAGUGUGGAAUGUAUUGCGGUGUCAUUAUUUUAUUAGAUAUUGGUAUUAUCGUAAUAGCAAACCACGUUUGGUAUAUAGAUUCCUAAGUAAUAUGUAAUCCCUGCAAUGGGCAGGUGAUAGAGAGAUGUAUGUAGGGAUGCAUGUAUGUGAUGUGAUAUGCAUGUAAACUUUGGUGUUGCUGGUUUUUUUUUAUGUGCGUGCAUUACACAUAGGUGUAGCCAUGCCGACUGAAUGUGCGUCUCCUCACGCUAUAGGGGUGCAGUCCAGCAAGCCUGGCACCAUGCAUCUUUUCUGGAGCACAUUUUGCAUUUGGGAAUUAGACGCAGCAUCCGUCCACCUCCACAUGAGCCACAUAAUGUGGGAUCUUAGAUACAAUAACACUACGUCAUACUCCGCAUGUGAUGGUGGAAAUGUAUUUAAUCCGUUCUGUUAUCUGUUACUCUCUCACUGGGGAUCACAGCUGCAAACUAAUGUGUUCCCAGAGGGCAGAUGCAGAUUUCUGAUGCUAUGUGGCAAGUUUUGUACAAAUGCACCCAUUAUAUAAACAUGAAAUAAUAACAUGCAACAUAUAAUAAAUGUAUUUUUGGUGUCUCCUUA